ACGGUAACCGAUAUGUGUCGACGCGCUCCGUGUGCAUGCGGGUCUCUGGGUGACAUUUCUGUGGCAUUUCAGGCAGCAGCUGUUGCGAGGAAGUUACCCCUCUCUGCUCAAAGUGCCGUAGAGAGUGCUGGCUCUGUGCAUGAUGCUCGUGAUCAUGAUUAACGUGUGUGCUCUGGAAUUGUGUGUGAGAGACCACGAGUGUGGACUUUGGGAUGUUUUUGCACGCUGAUGUGAUUCAUCUACACUCGGAGUUAAAUUUAGAUUCCCUGGGGAGUCUUUGAAAAUAGAUGAUCGGAGAAGAAAAGACUCAGUGAACAGAGCGAAGCGAUGGAGAGAUGCUCCAUCUCUCCUGUCGCACGACUCGCUGCCCUCAUCUCCCUCCUCCUGGUCGCUCUGGUCUCACAGCCCUCCACCUGUAACCGUGACGACGGCGAAGAGCAGGUGGACGCCCUGUCGGUCCAGCUGUCCGUCACAUCCCAGGUCACGCCCACCCCGCUGUGGGCGGUGGUGUGGGGUCCCACUCAGCCGCUGGAGGAUGAGACCUACCACUUCCUCUCCAGUCAGGAAACGGACCGCCUGCACCUCCACGGGGGGCGGCAGCAGGAGGCCACGUCCGAGGAUUGGCUCUAUCGCGAUUCAAGCAUGCAGCCCCAAGAGAAGGCUCCGCUGGAGUCCAAGAACCAGGAGGGAGUGGGGGACGAAGAGGCGCGGGCGGAGGAGACGGAGCCCGAGGAAGUUGACCCUCAGUUCUACGUCACCGUGACCAUCUCCUCUUUGCUCAUCCUGACAGCCGUCGUCAUUACAGCCAAACUCUGUUACGAUCGCAGCUGUUCCCAGCAUCCGCCCCCGCUUUCCCGUGGCGUGGCGCCCCCCCUCUCCCUCGCACUCUCCCGUUCCCUUGCUUCGGAGGACAGCAGGCAGACGCUGCACAGCACCACCUCCGCCUUCACCGACAGGGAGAGGAUCCCAGUGGUGAACCUGUGAGGUGACUGGUUUUUUUUCCAUGUGGUAAACACUUCCACGGGGCCCUAGCAGACGCAUCAACUCGGCCGAGGGGUGUGCCCGCAGCGCUGUUUUUACUUUCUCUCCAACUGUGAAACUAAUUCAGGGAACCCAGGUAUCCAGCCAUCGCAAAAACUCCUCGGCUUCCCAGAGGUCUACGAAAAUCCAAAACUCGUCUCUCUACCGCUUCCCUCCCGCUCUCCUCUUUCUGUGCUUGGCAUCUUUUUUGUGCAUCACUGUGACCCCGUUUUCCACUCUUGGUACGAGCGCUGCCAAGCUAGCCAACGGCUCAACCCACCAUGACUAACCCACAAACAAGCAGAUUAACAGCCAUGCAAGAUCUGAUUACCCGAGACGCCCUACCUGUGCUUCCACAACCAGUGACUCAGCUGCUCACCGCUCGGCGCCGACCCAGCACUGCUACUUUCAUCAAACGAGCUUGUAAAUGGUUAAAGUGCCAUUCUCAGCAUCUCCAAACGGCUAAGAGAGUAUUUCACAAACCUGUAGCCAACAGGCAAUGUGUUUAACACGUCACGCUCCAAAAACUGAUGUUCAUUCCCCGCUUUGGGUGCACAAAAUGCAAAUAGCGCGGCUCCUUUCCUCUGCAGAUGCAGCAGAGUCUGUUUUCUUUGGGCUUUUCCUCGUGAUUUGUUCUCCUAAUUGUCUGGCUGACGUUCCUCUCUUUGUUGAAUCCUUGCAAGCACGCUCUGUUCCUGCUGGACCGUGCAGAGGUGUGUUUAACAGAGUACUUCCCGGGGUGUGGAUGAAAUAUUCAGAGCAUGAAAAGUUACAGCAAACGUUUAGCCCCGAAGGCUGGACGGUAGCAGCAAAAGCCAGAUUUAUGUUUUUUUAUAUAUUAAAUAAUAGGAACACAUGAAUGUUGGGAAGUUUUCUUUAACCUGACGACUUUGUGUCUCAAGCUGGAAAACAAAACCAUCACUUGUCUUCGUUUCAGCUGUCCUGGGUGCGCCAAAUGAAAAUUGUACAUUAGAAGUCUCAUAUUUCCUCAAUAAAUCUGCAUGGAUACAGAAUUAUUUAUAAAAUGUCUAUUUUACCUAUCAGUGAGUACCGUAUACAGGACUUUUGAAAGCUAAAGAUCAGUUUUUGGCAACUUUUCUAAGCCGCUUUGACACAUGAACCCAUCCAGCUGCAGACUUUUAAACCUCUGACGUCGUGCCGGUGGCAUCGUGGUAGCUUCAACACUUCAGAUACGCAGUCUUGUGAUUUUUAGUAGCCUUCCUGUAGAAAUGUGGUCUUUUCUGUACCAUGGGACUAAAAUAAAGACUCAACGGUGA